AUGAGGCGGAUGUCGCCAGAUUAUAGCGGAAACGCCUACAAGCACUCCAGAGGCCUCGCUUACGACUACAACUACGACCCAUCCAACCGCGAUUCCCCAGGCAAAGCUGGGAAACUUGACCCGUAUUCAGACGACUAUUCCAUUCCGCCCAAGAGCCCGCCUCGCCGUUCGCGGUCGUUUGAUGCGUAUAGUAACGCUGGCACAUCUUCUAGACGCCCUGAUUGUUCAAGAAAGGACGUGGCUAGAGUAGGACGAAUGCCAACACCUGCCAUUCCCGACUCCCCGUCUCAGGAGUCCCUCAAACGGUCCAAUAAAGUCACCCCUCCAUCCGCCUCGUCAAAACGCAAUUUCUCAGGAAAAGUCGAUCCAUAUUCAGAACCCUUUUCCGUCCCAUCCAUCAGCCCGCCCCGCAUUCCGCGAUCUCCCAAGAGCCCACACCGCAGUUCGCAAUCUCCUGAUGCCGGUACCUCUUCAAGACACCCUGACCAUCCAGGAAAGGGAGCGGUUAGAGUGGGGCGGAAGCCAACACCACCCCCAAUCCCUGCAUCCCCCACUCUUGAGUAUCUACGAACAUCCCUCGAACCCUCCAACAAGCUCACUUCCCCAUCCGCCUCUCGCAAACUGCUCAUUCUGGAUCUCAAUGGAACCCUGGUUUUCCGCAGCCCCCACCGCAAAGAUUUCUACCAACACGCCACCUAUUCCACUCCACGACCCGUCCGCCACGUGUACCCCAGACCGUAUCUCCCUUCGCUCCGUGAUUAUCUGUUCCACCCUACGACGAGGACGUGGCUCGAUACGAUGGUCUGGAGCUCCGCACAGCCGCAUAGCGUUGCUGAUAUGGUGGACAAGUGUUUUGCGGAGAGGAAGGAGGAGCUGGUGGCCGUUUGGGCUAGGGAUACCCUUGGACUCGACGAACAGUCUUAUCACCGCAAAUCAGAGACUACCAAAGACCUAGCAAAGCCAUGGUCCGCGCUCCACCUCGAUUCCACUACAUCCGCCGACUCGGCACAGAAACAUUCUGCAUUGACGACUAUUCUGGUAGACGAUUCCCCGCUCAAAGCCAAGCUCCAACCAUACAACCACCUCUGCGUGCGUGAAUACGCUGCCACCACGCGCGGGACGGACGUAGCUGUCAGGGACGCCGAGGUGCUUGCUGCCCGUGCCAAACUCUCGGUACCCACAUUCAAAGUAGAUGAGACUGAAGACCGGAUAUCCGCGAAGAAACGGAAACGCAAGGAGAAGAAAAGGGGAUGGGUGGAGAGGAAGAAGGCUGAGAAGAAGUUGUGGAAGGUGGGCGAGAAGGCGAGGGUGCUGGGUGGGGAGUAUGAUGAGAUGUUGUUGGCGGUGGUGGGGAUUUUGGAGGAGGUGAAGGUGCAGGGGAACGUCGCGGGGUGGAUGAGGGGUGGUGGUUUGAUGUUGGGCGAGGAGGGGGAGGGGGAGGUGGAUUCUAGUGCGAAGAAGAGGAGGUUGUCGGAUGGGGCGGAAAUUUCGGAUUCUCCUGGAACUCCUCCUCCCCCGUCGUCGCCGUCGCCGCAACCUUUGCUUGAAGAAGACGCCUCGACGUCCGCAAUCACUCCUUCCGCCUUCACGGGAAUCCCAAUGAACAAGUCUGACACGGAGGAAACAUCUAUAUGGUUUGAAGAUCAGGAAUUGGUAGAGUGGUGGGCUGAUAUGGGUAGGGUGGCCCUUGAUGGGCUUGGAAUUGAGGUUGUUAGUGGCGUUGUUGGCACUUAUGAUAGAUGA